UCUUGUUAUGUUUUGUUUAGGCACAAUCUACUCCCGUAAAGAAUUUAUGGAAAAUAAGUGGACCAGCUCUAGGCCUUUACAUACGUUCUACACCCAGAUUUAUCCUAUAUCAUACAAAAUGCACACUCGUGACAACAUCGAACUUGAAUCGGUCUAUACUCAAACAAAUAUUUCUUUCAUUUCGAGCAAUGUUUUAUCGCGAACGACCACGUCUGGUUGGCGUAGAUAAAUCAGGUAAUCGAUAUUUUGAAGCACCACCAAAUAAAGCAAGUGAACAUACUCAUUUAUCAAAAUUACCAAAGAGGUUUUUUCUUAUGCCCGGACAAAAUGGAUUAGAAUGUUCACAUGGGAAUAUGGAUGUAGAAUUAUCGUCUGUACCUCCUGAAUGGCAUUCAUGGUUGAGUCAUCGACGUUCUAAUCCACCUACAGAAGAAGAGAUAGAAGCUAAUGCUGUAUCUAUGAUCAACCGUCUUAGUCGUGCAGCAGAAUUGGAGGUAAAAUAUAAUGAAGAACGUCAAGAAAUGAUUAAACAAGGAUUGUUACAUACUGAUAAAGUGGAAUCGUCUAACAUUCAUAGUAAAUCUUCAUUUCCUGUUUAUUCUGAUUUACAAAUUUCUCCGGAUGAAAGUCAUAAAGGUACAAAAUAGAAAUUCAGAAGAGAAGCAAUUGAAUAAAAAGUAUCUAAUGUGUUAAGUAGAUUUAUCCCUCAUAUCCGAUCUUACUUGUAGAGAAUCUUUGAUCUGUAUUAUUCAAUGUAAUUAUUUUGUGAAUAAUAUGUGAAAUUUUUGACAUUUCUAUAUAUGAAGUGAUAUCUUCCCAA